AUGUAUCUUAAUCUGUUUAGAAGCUUAUAUUUCGUGAGCAUAAUGACUAUCGUAGCUAUAUAUGUUCCACCUCAACCUAAGACUAACAUUUGGGUUACUCUAGCUAAUCUUACAAAUCAGGAAUCCAUUUGCCUUGCUCUUUCGUCACCUGGUAACCCCUUCUCCACAUGCCUUGUAGGUUUGCCGACAGAUGUCUGGCCUUGUCCACUCCUGCCGUACUUUUGUGUUCUUCAUGGCGACAAACCGUAUUGUUCAAACAGCACUCCCGCAUGCAAUGCUAAUAAGCCAAAUAGAGUAGUUGAGCUAUGGGAUUUUUGGGUGCCAUAUCUCCCCGUUGCUCCUGCCGAGCCUCAAGAAUUAGAACUGUUAGGAUCUGUAAAAAUGGACAGUUGUUUAUACUUUAAGUGGACCAAUGAAAAGGUAAAGAACAUUAGUGCAACAGUUGUGAAUUCAAGCCUUCCAGUUUAUAGGAAUGCAUCUGAGUGGUGCCAAUAUACUGCCAAGCAACACUCACGAUCCUCUGAUCAUCCUUUCUCUUUGCCUAGCGGCCUAUUUUUGAUUUGUGGUGAUCGAGCUUGGCCAGGUAUUCCCUCAAAACUUAGAGGAGGUCCUUGCUCGAUAGGUAGAUUGUCCUUAUUGACACCCAACACAUCCAUGAUUCUAAACAUGUCCAGGUAUUACUCCAGUAGGCGAAUGCGACGCAGUGUACACAGUUUUAAUAGCAAAUGCCAGGAUAAUGUAAAGUUUUGGUCACCAGGAGAAAUUAUUGCAGCCUCCUUUUUAGCUCCAGGCGUUGCAUCAGCCGGAGCACUGGCACAGCUUAACAAGCUAGGUUGUUGGUUAGCUAAACAAACUAAUGCCACGUCGCGAGCUAUAAGUGAUUUGUUAAUUGAUGUAGAUUCUGUAAGACAUGCCACUCUUCAAAAUAGAGCUGCCAUUGAUUUUCUCUUAUUAGCCCAAGGCCAUGGUUGUGAAGAAUUUGAAGCGAUUACAGUCUGCCUUAAGUGUCCGCGUCUCAGCUGCCUCAUCCGGCGUCCAACAACAGCGUGAAACACUUCAACAACAACUGCAUCAAACUGAGCACCGCUUCCUGCCUAUCACGACAUCUUAAGUCAUGGGGAGGGGGAGAUGUAGGGAUCGGCGCUCGGAAGAUCUCGCGUUGUUACGGAAAGCUCGCGAUAGGGAAAAAGUGCAAACAUAAGCACUAAAAAGUGCAAGGCAAGGCAGCGGUCAGCGAAACACACGUAACCAAUCAUAGAACAUAUUACCUUAUAUGUACUGUCUAAAAAUAAGCAUAAGCAUCUAUAGUAUAUAAGACUAAUGCACUAAUAAUAAAUUGGCUUUUGUUGCAUCCA